ACCCUUUCUUAUUCGACCUAAGGCUAAGGCACAGCUGUGCAUUCACUGCAGUUGGCCAAGAGCUAGAAGCACCUUAACCAGUUCGUUGUUGCUAUUCCAACAUUUAUUGGACGAUCCAAACAUUCAUUAACUUUAUUCGUAAGUUAGCAUCUUUCAUUCUUACUCUUGAAUUGUUUCUCUAUAUCGGUGUAUCUUAUUCGUUUGGUUUGUUUCAGACAACUUUUUCCAAGUUGGCUCGAAAAAGUUAAGUAACUUUAUUUUUUUUUCAUGGAAAUGAGACGGCAAAAUCUAUUGGGCAGUGCAUCUGUCAACACCUUAAAUAGGCCUAAUGAUAACCAGGGCGCGCCCCCCCCCUCGCCCAACGUAAGGUAAAUUGACGCCAGUUAUGGCGCACCAAAUAGUGUACGUUAGGUCCCAGCGUAAAUCAUCUAUAAGUUACAAUUAAUUACAAUAAAUUAAAGGAAAGUAAUUUACUUGUAAGUUUUUUUUAAAAAUAACAUGUGCAUCUUCAAUCGCUACUUUUAUACAAUACUAGCCAAAGUACCCGGCGUCGCCCGGGAUUGCAUUAGGACCCCAAUCCCUGCGAAGGUCCGUUUCCCGAUGGGACCCCGUUCCCCGGUGGGAUCGCGUAACCGAUGGGUUCAAGUUUACUGUUUGAUCUCGUUCCCCAUUAGGACCCUGUUCCUCUAUGGGAUCUUGCUCAGUGCGAUUUUGUUCAAAUAAGCUUUUAGAUCUUCCCCGUAGAACAAUAUAGAAAAUUCUAGAGCAAUCGAGAGUAAAUUUAAUGUUCUCUAUGACAUGUGUAAAAAAUUACUUUUUUACUUAAUUAUUUCUCGAAUGCAAAAUAUUAUACAACGUCAUUGUACUACUAUAACUAUAGUUCAUUUUAAUUGAAAUAUGAGCACCGAUGGGGGCCCAUUUAAUAAAAUACCUUCUGAGAUGGGUGACCCUAUAAAAAUCAUUCAGAUAAAUUAUAGAGUUAAAAUUUAAAAUUUGUCCCAUUAAACUCGGUUUAAAAAUGCCCUAGAUAUAGCUUGUUUAAAGCUAUGGAACUUUCUUGAAAAUUCUAGAUCGGCCCUGAAUGGAUUGGAUAUUGUUAGUUUUAAAUCAACCGAUAUUUUAAUACGGACUAAGAACGGUAUUGCUACAAAGCUAGGCCUAGAUCUUCAUUUUCACACAGAACCUAGUAUUGAUAUUUAUAUAGCUAAUAUAAUGAAAAAUGAUAUCGCCCCCACCCCCCCCGCCCCAGAGGGAUGGAUAUUAUCAGGUCAGUACCCUUCGGUAUUUGAAUAUGGAUAAUCAAGUGUAUGUGUAAUAAGUUAGGUAAAGAUCCAUCUAUUCAUGUAGGUGUUUUUGGCCUAUUGAUAUUUAAUAUAGCUUAUAUAAGAAAAAAUUAAAUGGGGCCCCUGGCCCCACAGGGAUGGAUAUUAUGAGUUCAGUACCCUUCGGUAUUUUGGGUAUGGAUAAUUAAGUUUAUGUGACAUAAGUUUGGUCAAGAUCCAUCUAUUCAUGUAGGAGUAUUUGUCGAUCAUUUUUGUUAUAUAGCUCAAAUAGGAAAAAACGACAUUUUGGGCCCCCGGCCCAAAACAUAAUGUAAUAUAAAGUUCAUAACCCCUUAAGAGUUCCUUCCCAAAAAUGAUGGAUAUAUGUGCCAAGUUUGAUCAAGAUCCAUCAUUCCAUGUAAAAACGCAUGUGGAAAAAAUCCAGCCACACAAAAAAAUUCACCUUUAUAUAUAUAUAUAUAUAUAUAUAUAUGAUUUAUGACUGGCAAAUAUUUAUACUAAUAACAAUAUUUGAGAGUAUAAUGACAUUAUACAAUUAAUAAUCUAAAAUAAGAGUCAACAAAAACAAUGCUUUUUUUGUUUGUUAAAGAAACAAUUUUAUUUUAUUUUGAUUUGUAAAAAAAAUUGCACAGUCCGUUCACCUUAUUAAACUGUAUGGUACGGGGGGGGGGGGGGGGGGUUUGGGGGGGUGUGUGGGUUUUAAAAAAAUUUUNGUUGCAUUAUUUUCGAAUACUUCAUUGUUUAAGGACGUCAUUAAUGUUGUGUCCGUCCGUCCGCCCCCCCCACCGUGGGGGGGGGGGGGGGGAAUGUUUGUGGUUUUGAAUUGUUUGUAUGAAGACAUGUCAUAGAUACGAGACGGAAGGCUCGACACUCUAAGACUCUAAGUCUCUUCCAAGUCACCACGGUUAAAGAAAACCGAAGCCACAUGGAAAUGAAGCCCCGUAGGCUGUAUAACCUUCACUCAAUGAAAUCCAGCUAUUCCCUUACGACCAAACUCUAUCGACUAUACCCGGAAAUUCCGAGUCUUACACACCGGACCUGGCGAAAUGAAACUGAACCGGGUCUGGGUGAUAUUUUAUGCAAUUUUUAAACUUAUUUUUUUUUUUUGGGUACAUUCUUACAUGUCCCAUGUUAAAAAAAAAAUUAAAAAUAGAAUACUUAUUAGCGAUUGGUUGGAAGCGAAAUGUAAGCUACGUUGAACUUCAAAGUUCUAAACACAAUAAUGUGCUUUUUGCGAAUUUGUGGUCAAUAUUUAUCUUGGCAAGAUGCGUAACUUUUGUUGUGACCAUGCCACGUCCGGUUUACAUUUAAUAUUUCCGUUCACAUGGCAACAGUAAUCUUUCGUCCACCUUUAACCUUUGAAUGUUUUCGUGAGUGUGACGUAAUCAUUUUGUUCAGCUACAUCAGGGGUCCAUGGAAUUUUUGCUAAUCGCGACGCUUGCCGGUUUUUUACUUUUGUUUUGUUUAACCCACACACCCACAUGUCAAAUUCUCACUACUUCACUUCAGAAUAGUGAAUUCAUUUAAAAAAAAAAUAAAAUGGGUUGAGUUAAAAUAAAUAAGACAUGCAUGUACGUCACUUAGCACCAUCUGGUAAUCAUUUGUAAGAGCUUCUGCGCAAGGGUAAUUACUAAGGUGAGCUACUGAUUUAAACCUGAUCCACUAGAUGUGCGCCCUGUCAUAUUCGACUGAAAGUGAAAAAAAAAAAAAUAACAUUGCGUAACGCGGUACACAUGUGGGGAACAACUGGACUGUAACAAAGAGACAGCGGAGAAAACAAGUGGCAUUGAAACUUAGGCUGACUAUGACAUNGGGGGGGGGGGGGGGGGGGGGGGGAGGGGAUAGUAUUGUCCAAAGAGUACGCGAGGAGCUAGGAGAAACGGCGAGAUGAGAUUUUUUGGUGCCAGUAAUACGUGGAUGGCCUCUUACGUGAACUAUAAAUGUAGUUUUCACUUGCAGGCAUUGUGUGGAAAACAUGUAUCGUUUUUUAUUGACGAUUCCUGAAAUGUAAUACCUCAAUAUGUACACGAAACUUUUGGCUGGGUAAAGUCUUUAAAAAAAGAACAACAACGGUAGCAGAAACAUUGAGAGUAUUGUUAUUAUGGAGUGUAUGAAAACCUUAAAUCACAAUAAUUACACGAGAAUCGUGAGUCAGAUGAACAUUGCUAUGUUAUGUCAUGUUAGGGUCUAUCAAUAUUGAGUGAGAGUUAGUAAAUGUUUUUUUUUUUUUCCCCAUCGGCAGUUCGUUUUUAGCUGUUCGUUAGUUUACAUGGAGGAUUAGGAUUCGUUUCAAGUAUUUGUUUAAGGACAUAUUUUAAAUAGGCCAAUAUUUUAGCUGAGUAUGUUUGAUCGGACCCAGUCUACUAGCAGUUGCAGUGAAUUAUUGCAUUGACAAUUAAAGGAUUAUAUUUACCCGUAGAAUUUUUGUGUUGAAUCUCCUUAAUUCCAUCAAAGGUUUUAUUCUCUUUUAGAACAAUGGCAUCGUCCUAUCCUCACAGCCCUCACCAGAAAUAUUACGUCGACAUUACGCCAUCAUCACUUGGAGACGGCUGCCAACUUUCUAAAAGUAGUUUUUUUUAAAUAACAGCUUCAAGUUUUUGUUAAUUAUUUAAUACAAUUACAUGUUCAUAGUCUAUAUUAUUUUUAAAAAAUCUCUUAAACAUUCCCCCCCCCCCUAUAAAAGUGAGUGAAAACGGCAUUGUAUUUGGGUUGCUCUCCACAGAAAGACUUGCAGAUAUGGUUCAUUUUUGCUUUUUGAAGAGUUCUCUUUGAUACGUUUUCACUUGUUUAAACUAGCAUCAUUUUAUAAAAAAAAAAAAGAUACAAUCUACUUGUAUUUAGAAACGGAUACCUUAUUUAAUUCUCAGAGAAGACAUUUUAAAAUAAUGCUUAAAUCACCUUUGAAUUAAAUGUGUUUUAUGUAAGCUUUAUUUCCUUUAUGUGUGUUUGAUUAUCGAUUUAAAUAUACAUAUUUCAGAAACAAUGAAAGCGCUGAGCACCUUACUUCUAGUAGGCCGGUCGGGCAAUGGGAAAAGCUCUGUUAGAAACUCCAUCCUUGGAGAACCAGAUUUGAAACAGACCGGAACGAAAGACAAAACAACCUUGUCAAAAUUUGACAAUUCAUUGAUUUCAUUUAAUGAAAUCGGCUCCAAUGAUGAGUUCGUUGUUGUGGACUGCUCGGGUGUUGGCGACACAGGAUCAGAUAUUGCUGAUAACUUGGAGGCUGUCGUUGGAAAACCAGAUUUCAAAAAGACCGGGACGAAAGAGAAAACAGCGUUGUCAAAUGAAAUCGGCUCCAAUGGUGAGUUCAUAGUUGUUGACUGCUCGGGUGUUGGAGACACAGGAUCAGAUAUGGCAGGUACCUUGGAAGCUGUGAUACGCACCGCUGAAAAUGGAGUGCAACAGAUUCCGGGAUGUGUAGAUGAAAAUGACACUUUUGAUAUGUGUAAGGAACUGAAAAACUCGGCUGAAGAUAUAGAAAUGUUGCCAAGCGAUAAAAGCAAAGGCUUCGAUGUCCUGAUAUUCGUCAUGAAAUAUGGCGUCCGGUUUACCAAACAAGAGAAAGACGCCGUCCAAAUGGUCAAGUCUAUCUUUGGAGAAAAUGUGUUCAGAGAUUGGGGGAUUUUAGUUUUCUCUUACGGUGACAACUUUUAUCUGGAUACGAAAGAUGAUGAAAUAACGUUCGAAGAUUGGUGCAAAGCACAAAGAGGUGAUAUCAAAUUACUCUUUGAAGAGGUUCAGUACAGAUGUGUAAUAUUCAAUAAUAAAUCUGGUAAAGAUGACAAACAACUUAAUAAACUGAAAUAUAAUAUCCAGCAAGUCACGACAAAAGGAUGCACAUACACUUUGAAGGACUUUGACGAUGCGGAGAUGGAACGUGAUAAACUAAAGUUGAAAUACAAAUACGAAAAAUUGCAGAGAAAAGUGGAAAAUCUGUUAACAAAUGCCAUUCAAUCGGUGGAGCAGUCACCACCUGAACGUGACCGAUUUCAACAGGUACUGGAUGAACUGCUGCAACUUGUCCAAGAAAUUCCCGAGAAGGAACAACUUACUGAUGAAUUUAAACACCUUUCGCAACACGUCAAAGUGCAGAUGGCUUUGCUGCAGACCACGCUAGCAAAUGCGGAAGAAAGCAUGAUAGGAGAAUAUCUUUGGAAAACCUGGCAAAUAAUUUCAAAUUAUUUUUGGGUGAUAAUAGAUAAGAUAGUUUCAUUAUUACCAUGAAUUUGAAUGUAUAAUUUAAAAAUAAAUCGCAACAAUCACCUGGAUUAUUCAAACCCAUUUGGUCAUUCAGUCAGCGGCAAACCUAAGAAAUGGAAAAAAAAGGGUGGGGG